AAGUUAAGAUGCACGUUGUUCCAGCGAAUUAGAGCACUUUGUUACGUUUCAUAUGUUUACCUUUUACGGCGAAUCUACGUGUGCGCGAAAGCUGAAAUCUUCACGGGAAAUCUAGAGACGACGACGAGGAGGAGAGAAAAGGAUGACACUUUCUUCUUCAGAUCCAUCUUCCAACACGAACCCACUCUUCCUUGUGUGAUUUCAAUACCUGAAGAAGCCCCUUUCUUUCUUUGAAAAAAACAAAAAAAGAUUAGAUUUUUUUUUAGGUUUAGGCGAAUAGAAGAAGAAGAACAAUGGAAUCAGAGCUCAAAGAUAUGAAUUCGAAUCCACCUUCGAGCAAAGAGGAACGACCCUUGCUGAAAUCAGAAUCCGAUUUGGCUGCUGCCAUUGAAGAGCUAGACAAAAAGUUCGCACCUUACGCGAGGACGGAUUUGUAUGGGACGAUGGGUUUGGGUCCUUUUCCCAUGACUGAGAAGAUUAAGUUGGCUGUCGCAAUGGUGACGCUUGUUCCGCUGCGGUUUCUUCUCUCCAUGAGCCUCUUGCUUCUCUAUUACUUGAUCUGUAGGCUUUUUACGCUCUUUUCUGCUCCUUAUCGUGGGGCAGAGGAAGAGGAAGAAGAAGGUGGUGUCGUUGUUCAGGAAGAUUAUGCUCACAUGAGAGGAUGGAAACGUACUGUUAUUGUCAGCUGUGGGAGGUUUCUCUCUAGGGUUUUGCUUUUCGUUUUUGGGUUUUACUGGAUUCAUGAGACCCGUUUGGAUCGUGACUCACUCAUGGAUCCUAAUCCUAAAACUACUUCUGCAGAGAUUAGCCAGAAAGGGGAUGCCGCCACGGAGGAACCUGAAAGACCUGGAGCCAUUGUGUCCAAUCACGUUUCGUACUUGGACAUUUUGUAUCAUAUGUCUGCUUCUUUUCCAAGUUUUGUCGCCAAGAGAUCAGUGGGCAAACUUCCUCUUGUUGGCCUCAUUAGCAAAUGCCUUGGUUGUGUCUAUGUUCAACGAGAAGCAAAAUCGCCUGAUUUCAAGGGUGUAUCUGGCACUGUAAAUGAAAGAGUUCGAGAAGCUCAUAGGAACAAAUCUGCUCCAACUAUUAUGCUUUUUCCAGAAGGAACAACUACCAACGGAGACUACUUACUUACAUUCAAGACAGGUGCAUUUUUGGCUGGAACUCCUGUUCUUCCGGUGAUUUUAAAAUAUCCUUACGAGCGCUUCAGCGUGGCUUGGGAUACAAUAUCCGGGGCACGCCACAUCUUAUUCCUUCUCUGUCAAUUCGUAAAUCACUUGGAAGUCAUACGGUUACCUGUAUACUACCCAUCACAAGAAGAGAAAGAUGAUCCCAAACUAUAUGCUAGCAAUGUUCGGAGAUUAAUGGCCACCGAGGGCAACUUGAUUUUAUCGGAUUUGGGACUUGGCGACAAAAGGAUAUAUCACGCAACUCUCAAUGGUUUGUUUUGCAAAAGCUAAUAUGGACACUCGAUAUUCGUGGUCCGUAUAUUUCAUUUAUUCAUAGGAGAAGGAAACACUUUUAACACAACUAUACAGAGAAUACAUCUCAUUUCUGAAACUUGUAUUUUUUUUUUCCUUUUUUGUCUCUGUUUCCAUCUGAAGCAACUUUAGACACACACAUACACACACAGCAAAUAGUUCUUCGUCCUCUUAAAAACUUCAAUGAAGAAGAUCAAUGAUUCAAUCCAAUGCCAGGUUCAAAUCUU